AUGACAGGCAGUCGGUAUGAAGCUCUCGACAAUGCCGCCAGCACUUUAAGCACAACUAGCUCGGCGCGCGUGUCGGAACACAGUGGGUUUCUUCGAGAUGCUCAAGUAGACGAUGGAACCAAGGGCCUGGCUGUGAUCACCUCCCCUGAGGGGCUUGCUGCACUGGGGUCUGGAGCCGCCUCGUCGGAAAGUGAAGAACAGAAACGACGUGCCGAGAAACAGAAGGUUGUGGCAUGGAGAGACUUGCCUAAGAAGAAGCAGCUCUUCGUCAUUACCAUGACUCGGCUGAGUGAACCAUUGGUUCAGACCUCUCUGCAGGCAUAUAUGUACUACCAGCUGAAGUGGUUUGACCCAUCCUUGCCAGAUUCUGUGAUAGCGAGCCAAGCAGGUGUACUUCAUGCCAGUUUUACUGCAGCCCAGUUCGUCACUGCCAUGCUGUGGGGAAGAGUUGCCGACACCAGAGUGGUGUCGUGUAUCGGCUUCGGGUUCUCGACUUCAUUUCAUCAAGCUCUAUUCUUCAGGUGUCUUGGUGGUAUAACCAAUGGUAACAUAGGAGUCCUGAGGACCAUGAUUAGCGAGGUGGUUAGAGAGAAGAAGUAUCAGUCGAGGGCUUUCUUGCUCUUACCCAUGACUUUCAACAUCGGUAUAAUAGUAGGGCCAGUCUUGGGAGGCAUUCUAUCGGACCCGGCAGCAUCUUACCCAAACCUCUUUGGACAGGUUCUCCUUUUCCGAAACUUCCCUUACGCGCUACCAAACCUUGUUAGCGCAGGGUUUCUGUUCUGUGCUCUCGUUGGUGUGGUUCUCCUACUUGAGGAGACUCAUGACGCUCUUCGCGACAAGGCCGACUAUGGCAGGCUUUUGGCAUCCAAAUUGGUAUCAAUUUUUCGAAGGGAUACCAUUGGAUACACGCCUUUGCAUUCCCGUGACUCGAGUAUCACUGUCGAGAUGUCACCUAUUAUGCCAGAGACGGAUCAUGGUUCAACAUCUCAUGCUCCACCUCGACGACGAUAUAUUUCAACGUUGCCUUUCCGCCGGAUCUUCACCCGCAACGUGAGCCUCACCUUACUAGCGCACUUCUUCUUGGCCUUCCAUCUUGGCACAUUCAACUCUCUCUGGUUCACAUUUCUGUCCACCCCAGUCUACAAUCCGGAGAAGCCGACACCAGAAGGGUUCAGGCCGUCUCUGCCCUUUCAUUUCAAUGGUGGCCUGGGAUUGCCAGCUAGAAAUGUGGGCAUAGCCAUGGCCAUGCUUGGAGCUAUAGGGAUCACGAUGCAGCUUUUCCUAUACCCUCGAUUGUCAUCCCGCUUUGGUAAUGUCAGGAUGUGGCGGGUCUGCCUCUUCCUCUUCCCUGUGGCAUACAUCAUUUUGCCGUAUCUAUCUGUGAUUCCUUCUACCACGCCACCUCCGAGUCAGAAAACGGGUGUUGGCAUCUGGGUGGCACUUGCAGGUGUAUUGUUCAUCCAGGUUACAGGAAGGACUUUUGCUCUGCCUGCACAAACAAUUUUGGUAAACAAUUGUACACCCCACCCUAGUGUCCUUGGAACUGUCCACGGGAUUGGACAGAGUGUUAGCAGCUUUGCUCGAACCGUCGGACCCAUUUCGGGGGGUUUUCUCUUUGGCAUUGGCCAUGACCACGGACUCAUUGGAGGUGUCUUUUGGAGCAUGGCUGGUAUUGCUAUUUUUGGGCUCAUCGCCAGCUUCUGGGUCAAGGAAGGUGAUGGUCACGAGAUAUGGUUAGAGGGCGACGAGGAAGACGAGGCCGAUGCGUGA